UGAUACGUAAACAUAACUGUUACGCCGCUGCUGUCUGUACACGUCGCCGCUCCGGGUACCUUUGGUUGGUCGUAGUUUUCCUUUUUCCUGAACACCUUUGCCCACAUCCUCGACGUCCGUCCGCGCUCUCGUUUCUUGUGCCUUUUCCCGUAAUCUCCAGUGCAACUAUGGGCAAAAAAGACAAGAGUGCCGAGAGUCUGUUCACCAAAGAGGAAGAACAACUGCUGUCGGAUUUCAGCAGAAAUGUUUCUACCAAAUCCUCCGCGCUGUUCUACGGCAGCGCUUUCAUGGUUUCCGCACUGCCAAUCUGGCUAUACUGGAGAAUUCACAUGAUUGAAAUGAUGCCGGCACUCCUUUGGUUCAUACUCGUCACUUUAGGCAGCACGUAUCUCAUUGCUUUCGCUUACAAAAACACCAAAUUCAUACUGAAACACAAGAUUGCGAUUAAGAGAGAGGAAGCCGUGACUAGAGAAAUCACCAGGAAGUAUGCUGAUGAUAAGAAAAUUAGCAAGAAGGAAAAGGAUGAAAAAGCGUUAUUCCAGAAAAAUGAUGUUGCUGAUUAUGAAGCUACUGCAUUUUCAAUUUUCUACAACAAUGCUUUAUUUUUGGUCAUCGUUGUCUUGCUUAGUUUUUAUCUCCUGAAAGGAUUCUCGACAACAGCUAAUUACAUAUUUUCUGUUGGAAUUGCCAGUGGAUUAAUCGCUUUGUUUUCCACUGGAACUCAGUAAAUAUACUACGUCAAACAGGAAGGGCAUGUCUUACACCUCAACAUGUUUGAGUUCCAAGUUGUAAGAGCAGAACUGGACUAUAAAAAUUGUGUAUACAAAUUGUAAUAAUAUAUUAUAACUUAAUGUAUUAACUAUAAAUUGGU